UCCUGCGCGGCGGCGUUUGUGGAUACACGGGCAACAGUGAGCAGUUGAAAAUGUCCAGGUCCACGGUAGGCUAGAACGGAAAAUCGUUGCAAAGGGGCAGCAAGCCAGCACCGGUGUAUUUCGCGCAGUUGUGCGGCCCGUUUCUGCGCUAGCAACAUUUCUGUGUAUUGCACCGUUGCUUUGCUCUACCGCGGCAAUUGGUCUAGCCUAUCGCGAAUUCGUAGCAGCGCAGUACAGCCGCAAGAUAGGCACACGUUGCGCCUGUGAUACAGCACCCUGGGUGUGGGCGAGAUGUUUCGCCGAAAGCCACCGCUUCCGACGAGACCCACUCCUCCGACAUUCGAAGCGAUACAGGAGGACUUAAACAACGCUUCCGAAGACAUUGUGUUUACACUUCUGCCAGACGGCAGCAACCUCGAUGCGGCCACCGAUGGUGCUGUGGCCUCUACGGACGAAAGCGACGGACCUAUGACGGCCGACGCUGCUUUUCUGAAAGUGAAACAUUUUAUGGAAAUGAGCGACAAGAUCGCUGGCCUUGCCGAAGUCCUGCAGAAGAAAACCGAGCACCUCAAGUCGGUGAGGGACGAUUUGCACAACGAGAUUGAAAGGGUAAAAAACUCUCUACAAAAUGUAAAACCUUAGUUGUUAUUGAGACAUCAGUCAGUUAUUAUUAUUUUUUUUUGUCUGUGUGUACAGCUCUUAAGUGUAUGGUUGCAUUUGCGCAUCACAAUUGUGCCGCCAAGUUCACGUGAUGUAAUAAAUGUGCUAAAACUCGUU